AUGAGCAACCGCUUCUUCAUCAGCGCCCAUGAAAGCCAUCCCCCAUUUUUUCAAUUAGUGCUGCUCGUCUUUUCAGCAGUGCUGGAAGUCGUCUGUGUCAGCUUACCUGGGUAUAUUGUCGCCCGUCAGGGCAUGUUUGAUGCCGAUGCUCAGAAGCUCGUCGCAAACCUCAAUGUGACUCUGUUCACCCCCUGCCUCAUUUUUACCAAGCUGGGCUCACAACUAACUGCUGAGAAGCUGACGGAUCUGGCUAUCAUCCCGGUUAUUUUUAUUGUCCAGACUUUCGUCUCAUACUUAUGUUCCUUCGUUGUCGCAAAAUGUUGUCGCUUCAAGAAGCGGCAGUCAAAUUUUGUAGCUGCCAUGGCGGUGUUUGGAAAUUCCAACUCACUCCCGAUCUCUCUCGUCAUUUCGCUCUCGCAGACCCUCAAAGGCCUCCACUGGGACCGGCUCCCAAAUGAUAACGAUGACGAAGUCGCCGCACGUGGAAUUCUGUACCUGCUUAUCUUCCAGCAGCUAGGUCAACUUGUGCGCUGGAGCUGGGGAUAUCACAUUCUUUUAGCGCCUAAGGAUCGAUAUCUCGAGCAGACGGAGCGCGACGAGAGUGGCCAAUCGAUCAUCGAGCAGGGCCAGGCGCGGUACAGCGACAACCCGGAACAGACAGACCCGGACGAACCGCUCGUCCGAACACGCAGUUCGGACGAUCUACAUGCCCACCACGCAACACACCCCGACCGUCAGUUCCCAUCCGGCGACCAAACACCAGUGUCAACGCGAACUUAUUCCUACUCGAAGCUGUCUACCACCCACUCAGAUGAGCUCGACUCAGAAGAUACACCGUCAGUAAUUGGACCGCCGCCCACCGGCCCCUUCCUUCCCCGCCAAAGCUCCCAAGGUGAUAUUCUCCAGUUCCCGGAUGUCGAAAUUACCGCGCGCGAAGCUCAAGAAUCCGAAAAAACGCGCUUCCAGCGAUGCAAAGCCUCUCUGCGCAAAUUGCGUGACUGCUUAAGCCUGUGGCGAGAGAAGAAAACCAAUGCCCUCCACGCGCACCUCCCAUCAACGGUUCAAAAAGGCCUCGCAUCAACCACUCUUGGACUACGUCGCUUCCUCAAUGGCUUAUGGGACUUCAUGAACCCACCCCUGUGGGCAAUGCUAGUGUCCAUUGUCGUCGCUUCCGCCCCGGUGCUUCAGCGCCUCUUCUUCGACGACGGCACGUUUGUCCGCAACUCAGUCACCCGUGCAAUCGAGUCGAACGGACAGGUUGCCGUUCCGCUUAUCCUGGUUGUGCUCGGCGCAAACCUCGCGCGUAAUACUCUCCCCGAAGAGGCGCUGGCGGACGUGGAACAUCCCCGCGACGAACGUAAGCUCAUCAUCGCUUCACUGGUUGCGCGUAUGCUUCUUCCCACUAUCAUCAUGGCUCCAAUCUUGGCGCUCAUGGCCAAGUUUGUGCCAAUUAGUAUUCUUGAUGAUCCGAUAUUCAUUAUUGUCUGCUUCCUGCUUACCGGUGCGCCGUCAGCAUUGCAGUUGGCGCAGAUCUGUCAGAUCAACAAUGUCUAUGUGGGCGCUAUGUCGAAACUCUUGUUCCAGAGUUAUGUUGUCUGGAUCCUACCCUCGACCCUAGUCCUUGUCAUGUGUGCUCUGGAGGUUGUUGAGUGGGCGGCCGCUUCAUAA